AUGCCAAUCAAACCUGUUGGGUGGAUAUGUGGGCAGGUGUUGAAGAACUUUUCUGGAAGAAUCGAGGGGAUUCAGAAAAUAAUCAUGGACCUUCUAGAUGAGUUUAAAGACGAAUUCCCUACCAUCCUAAGAUUAUCACGGUCUGAUCAGAAAAGAGAACCCAUGCGAAACCCAUCCAAAAUCAGAAUGGCUGUUGCUCUAGCGAAGAUCAACCGAGGAACAUUAAUUCAAGGAUUAAGCAGCAUAUCCAGAUCUUCCAAAUCAGUGGCCAAACUUCUGCAGCCUCAACUUGCUUGUAGACUUUUAGAAUUAAGGGACAUAUCGCAUCGUUUGCUGAGGGAGCUUAAUGCACAAAAGCAACCCAUAUGUAACAUGCAGGUCAGAAGGGGUUCUUUGUUCGAAAUAAUUUCUUUUCCAGCAAAGACUGCUUUAACUAGCAUCAUGUAUGCUUCAUAUGCAGCACUAAUUUAUUUGACAGUCUGUGUUAAUGCUGUGCUGGAGAAGGUAAAGAAAAUUUUCCAAGAAGAAGAAUCCAUAAGGCAAAACAGAAAGGAGAGUGAAAAUGUUAGAAAAGUCUUUUCAGAGCCUGUGCUUUCUGAACCUACGUUUGAUGAAGGUGAAAUCAAAGCAAAACCUUACAGGUCAUUACCAGAGAAACCAGACAGUAUUUUGGAUUGCUCCAAACUUCUUGCCAAUAAGUUGAGUAACAAGAUCCAGGUUUUACAUUCUGUGUUUGACCAAUGCACUGAAAUGAAUGAAUGAGCAAAUCUGAACAUAAAUAUCAUUGAGUGGAGCUUAUGAGCUAUCUAUCUAAUCACAUUUCAACUGACAAAACUAAGAAACUAGUUUUCAUAUACUGAAUGCUCUGCUUUAGAAAAGGGGUAGAGAACUA